AUGGCGAACAAUGUCGGUGAAAUUAACACUAUUUGUCGGCUCUGUUUGUGCGACGACAAUGAGGUUCUAGUUCCCAUGUCCUGCAUAACAGAUUCUUCAUUAACUGAGGAAGAUGUAGAACGAUUUACCGGCCUUGAGUUGUUCGGAGAAGAAAAUGUAUGCUACACGGUUUGUGUCGAUUGCACUAACAAGCUAAAAAAGUGCGCCUUGUUUCGCACGCUAUGCUUAAGCAAUGAUGCUCAAUUUAGACGAAUUUUUACGGGCCAUAGCAGUGAAUGUUUACGCAUGGAAAACGAGAGAGUAACUGAGGAAUCACCGGUAGAUGAGUAUGAAUCUUCGAUAGUAUUCGAGAUAGUCGAUAUGAAAAAUGUGCACAAAACAGAAGAUUCGUCAGCCGAUGAAAAUGACAAGGCAUCCAAUGUGGAGUUUGAAUUAGGAGAACCGCCCGAUGAUGAUGCUAGCGGUGACGAUGCAUUGGAAGGCACUUGUGACCAGGAAAACGAUGUACUAAAGUAUAAUGCGCUGAACAAAUCCAUUGAAGACGAUGAAGAUACCAAAAGUGCCAGUCAGAACAUGGAGGAACAAUUUGAAAAUAUUUCUCCGCACCAGCUUGCAAAAAGUAAACCUUCUGUUAAUCCAAAAACCACAAUAUCAAAGACAGUUCGCAAGUAUCGCCGUUGUGACACCUGCGGGAAGAUGGUAUCGGAUUUGAAAAGUCAUUUGCUAAGGCAUACGAAGGAAAAGAAAUUCGCUUGCCCUUACUGUCCACACAAAAUGAGCAUGCGAUCCAACUUAAACACACAUAUCAAGGCUGUUCAUCUGAAGGAAAUUUGCAAAAGAUGUGAAAUAUGUGGACUAGGAUUCGUUAAUUAUAACUCCUACAAGAACCAUAUGGCAUCUCAGCACGGCGCCGGCGAAUAUGAAUGUGAAAAUUGUUCGAAGAAGUUCGCGCACAUUCGUACUUACAAUAUCCAUGUACGACGGUACCACAAAACGGAUUGCAUAAAAAAGAAGCCGAAGCAACUCUGUGGCACUUGUGGCGCCAUGGUGACCAAUAUCGCUACGCACAUGCAAACUCAUACGCAAGAGAAAAAGUAUCCCUGUCCGCACUGUCCGAUCGAAAUGGUGGAUCGUACCAACUUGACCCGUCAUGUGCAUUCGGUGCACCUGCAGCGAGAGGUGAAAUCGUGCGACAUAUGCAAUCUAGGAUUCAAGUAUCCUAGUUCUCACAGAUCUCACAUGCUAAGGGUCCAUGGAAUCGGUAACACAUUCGAUUGUAGUGAAUGUUCAAAGAAGUUCAACCACCGAAGCGGAUUACGAAGCCACACGGCACGUGUACACAGUAAUGAGCGAAAGUACGAUUGUGAAACGUGUGGGAAACUGUUUAAGGUGAAGUCGAGCCUGGUAAAGCAUCAGUUGGUUCACUCGACAGAACAGCCGUAUGCAUGCAAUCAAUGCCCUAAACGAUUUAAGAGUAGACAUGGUCGAAAUUCACAUCAGCUGACCCACAGUGGGAUUGUUUUUACAUGUCCACACUGUGAAAAGUCCUAUCGGUACAAAGACGUGCUUAGUAUUCACAUACGACAGAAUCAUCCGGAAGCGAAGAAAGUCAAUCUGUAG